AUGCUGAACCCGCAGAUUCCGGCGCGAAUAGCGCCACGAAACAGACAAUUUCCAGAAUUUCGGCGCGAUCAGUGCCAGGAUUACGUCUCUUCUCUAGGUUUAUGUCCUGGUGUCAAUACAUUGAUCAGAGAAAUAGUUUGCUGCUUAUACUAUAUGUAUGGGGUGCACAAAGUCCUUGGAAUAGAGGGUGGAUAUAGAGGUUUUUAUUCUCGAAAUACAAUUCCAUUAACACCAAAGGUUGUCAAUGACAUCCAUAAACGUGGUGGAACUAUCCUUGGAACAUCAAGAGGAGGCUAUGACACCUCAAAGAUUGUUGAUAGCAUUCAAGAUCGGGGAAUUAAUCAGGUUUACAUAGUUGGAGGAGAUGGAACUCAGAGAGGGGCUUCUGUGAUUUUUGAGGAAAUUAGAAGACGUGGCUUGAAAGUUUCAGUGGUAGGAAUUCCAAAAGCUGUUGAUAAUGAUAUCCCAGUUAUUGAUAAGUCAUUUGGUUUUGACACGGCUGUUGAAGAGGCACAACGAGCUAUAAAUGCAGCUCAUGUGGAAGCAGAAAGCAUUGAGAAUGGAAUUGGUGUUGUCAAGUUAAUGUGUCGUUUCAGUGUUAUUCUGUUGUCAUCUUUGGUCAUUUUCAUACCAAAUCAUGAGACACAUCCUUCCCAGACAUAUUUGGUGACUGAAAGGUCUGGCUUUAGUUAUUUCAGGGCCAUCCACAUUGACAAACAUAAACACUUAUCCUUUAGUGAUCUUGCCAGAUUGUUCCCUCAUGAUUUGCAACAUCUUCCUUCUAGAAUAUCAGUAAUUGUUCUAUUUUGGUUCAUAGAAGUAACAUCAGAUCUUUGGUCUACAUGA